UAACAAUAAAACAUAAACUCAAAAUUCAUACAAAACCAUUUUCCUCUUCCAGGUGCCCUUUAAGCUCGCUGCCGCCGCCAUCCGCCCUCCUUCGCCGUCGCUUCCGCUGCCUUCGCCGUCGCUUCCAGUCCUGUCUCUUUUCGUCCGCUGCAAUCAAUACAUUUCGAACCACUAUUUCAAUAAAAAUGGGCGCGCUGCCUUUGCAAGGUGCUUCCUCAACAGUAGCUUUGCCAGGUUCGGAACAAAAUAAGGGUCCGUCAAUUACUACUACUGCACCAGAAAAGCCGAAAAAGAAGAUAUGUUGUGCCUGUCCUGAUACAAAGAGGCUCAGAGAUGAAUGCAUUGUGGAGCAUGGUGAAUCUGCUUGUGCAAAAUGGAUCGAGGCUCAUCGUCUAUGCCUUCGUGCCGAGGGCUUUAAUAUUUGAAAUUGAUCAAAUUGUUAAGCUGAUAAACAUAUACUACUAGUUUUGAGGGUAUAGGAAAAUUGAUUUCAGAAUUAUACUUGCCUUUUAAUAGUUGAGGAAUAAAGCUGGAAAAGGGUUAGUGUUUCGGGACAACUUCAUCUGUUUUAUAACAAUUGAAAUUGGAUGUAUACAUUGAUGAAAACUUAGUUUGUGCUGUUGUCUCA